CGUAAAAGCUCAUUCCUUUUGGAUUGGAGCAAGGCCAGGCAUUGACUUGACCCAAACGCCAUUUUCCUUAUAUCAGUUUCUUGAUCUGAAGAUUAUGUUUUAGUAUUUCUCUUUGAGUUCAUGAUGGCUUCCUCACUAUUCUCCUACUUUUUUGGGAUGAAAUCCAGAAUAUUAUCACCUGCGCUUCCUCAACAAUCAUAUCUGUCAUCAGCUGAACUACCAUCUCUGACUGAUCAUGUCAACGAGGAGGUGGCCAAGCUGGACAGAACUGUGCGCCGAAUCACCGCGGUGUUGGUUGAUGCAGAUGAAAGGGAAAUCGCUGACGAGACUAUGAAGCUUUGGAUCUCUGAGCUCAAGCAAGUGACAUGGGAAGCUGAGGGGAUACUUGAAGAUUACAGCUAUGAGUUGCUCCGCAGCACCACCGUCCAGGAAGAGAAGGUAACAGACUAUACAGACUUUCGACCAAACAAUCCCUCUUUUCAACAGAAUAUACUAGACAGGAUAAGCAAGGUUAGGAAAUUUCUUGAUGAGAUCUGUCGUGAUCGUGUAGAUCUUGGGCUAAUUGAUCAGGAAGGAUUGUGUAGGAAAGAAUCUAGGAUUAGUAGGUGCACCAGUUCUUUGCUUGAUCCAUUGGAGGUCUACGGCCGGGAGGAUGAGAAAAAAUUAAUAAUAUCUUCUUUGCUUGAUGGGUGCCUUACAUUUAAGAAGAGAAGAUUGAAGGAACAUGAAUAUGAAACUUGUAAAGCUGGUGCUGUAAGGCUUAUUUCUAUAGUUGCCAUGGGUGGAAUGGGGAAGACAACACUAGCUAGGCUCGUCUAUAAUGACGCAAGGGUUCAAAAUCACUUUGAUAUACAAGCAUGGGUUUGGGUUUCAGAAGUAUUCGAUGAAGUCAGACUAACCAAAGCAGCAAUCGAGUCGGUCACCGCUAAACCCUGUGAUCUGACUGAGCUAGAGCCACUCCAGAGGCAAUUGCACGAGGAGGUCAAGGGUAAGAAGAUAUUGCUUGUGUUUGACGAUGUUUGGAAUGAGGACACCAUCAAAUGGGAGACGAUGAAACGGCCAUUUUCUGCUGUUGCUACAGGGAGCCACAUGAUCAUCACUACUCGCAACGAGAAUGUCUCCACAAUUGUGCAGGCGAAGAAGGUAAUUCAUCUAGGUGGGUUGCAAAAAGAUGACAGUUGGGCGUUGUUCUGUAAAUUGUCAUUCCCUGACAAUGCUUGUAGAGAAACAGAGUUGGGACCAAUCGGGCGGAAAAUAGUAGAAAAGAGUGAUGGAGUGCCACUAGUCCUGAAGACUCUAGGUGCAAUGUUAUCUUUAGACACAAGCUUGGAGUUCUGGAAUUAUGUACUGACAAGUGAUCUCUGGGAGCUGGGCCCUGGAUGGGACCACAUCCUUCCAAUUCUGAAAUUGAGCUAUUACAGUCUGCCUGCAAUUCUGAAGCGAUGCUUCACAUUUCUUGCUGCCUUUCCGAGAGGUCACAAAUUUGACUUAGAGGAGCUGGUCCAUAUGUGGUGUGCUUUGGGUUUCAUUCAGGAGGACGGUGUGAAAAGGAUGGAAGAAAUUGGGCACUUGUAUGUAAAUGAAUUGGUUCGGAGAUCAUUUCUUCAAAAUUUGCAGUUGGCUGGUUCACGGGAGAAGUUUGUCAUAGUGCACGACCUCAUUCAUGACCUUGCUAAAUCAAUUGGGGGUAAAGAGAUCCUUGUCAAAAAGUGUUGUGGUUCAUCUGUUGGUGGUUGCAAUACUAGUGCCAAUAAUCAUCUUCGAUAUUUAGCUGUUCUUGUUGGAACAACGCCCUUCUACUCAGACAAUAAAUUGGUGCCUUUUACUCUUCCGGUUGCUGGACACUUUCCCCUAAGAUCACUGUCUUUUCAGAGUAAAUGGAGAACUUAUCUCAGAAGCUGUGUUAGAAAUAACUUGAGGACGUUCUUUCAGGUGCUUGUUCAGAGCCAGUGGUGGUAUAACCUUGAAGGUUGUCUGCUGCAUUCACCACACCUGAAGUAUCUACGAAUCCUGGAUGUAUCAUCAAGUGAUCAGAUCAAGCUGGGUAAAUCGGUGGGGGUUCUUCAUCAUCUCCGCUACCUUGGGAUCUGUCAGAGAGAAAUUCCGGAGGCUAUUUGCAAAAUGUACAAGCUGCAGACUCUACGAAACACAUACCCUUUUGACACGAUAUCUCUUCCCAGAAAUGUGUCGGCACUGUCCAACCUGCGUCACCUUGUUCUUCCGAGAGAGUUCCCUGUCACAAUACCAUCAGGAAUCCACCGGCUGACCAAACUUCAGUCACUAUCAACAUUUGCAGUGGCCAAUUCAGGGAGCGGAGCUGCCACGCUGGAUGAAAUCAAGGACAUUAACACUCUUCAAGGGCAGCUCUGCAUCAUGGAUCUCCAGAACAUCACACAUGACAGAAUUUGGGAACCAAGGAGUGCAAACCUGAGCAAGAAAAAAUUAACUCGCUUAGAACUAGUGUGGAAUCCUCUGCCUUCCUACAAAAGCGUACCCCAUGAUGAGGUUGUACUGGAAUCCCUGCAGCCUCACAACUACAUCCGACAACUCGUAAUAAGUGGUUUUAGAGGAUUGAACUUCUGUUCAUGGCUAGGAGACCGGUCCUUGUUUAGUUUACAAGAACUGGAGCUGUGCAAGUGCUACUACACUGAUCAUCUACCACCACUUGGACAAUUGCCAAACCUGAAGCAGCUCAAGCUGACGAGCCUGUGGAAAUUGAGAAGCAUAGGGCCUGAGUUCUACGGCGAUUGCGAGGCCCCAUUUCAGUGUCUUGAGACAUUGGUGGUACAGAACCUGGUUGCAUGGGAGGAAUGGUGGCUACCUGAAAACCAUCCACAUUGUGUCUUCCCUCUCCUUCGUACGAUCGACAUCAGGGGCUCACACAAGCUUGUGCGCCUUCCACUGUCAAAUCUCCAUGCCCUUGCAGGGAUCACCGUAUCAUCGUGCAGCAAGUUAGAGACCAUAGUUGGGCUCAAGGAGCGCUGUGAAGUGACUGCUGGGAACGGUGGAUUGCAAGCAGGUCAGACUAACGUGCUUCCCUCCCUUCGAAGGGUAAAGAUCACUGCUUGCCCUUCACUGGAGGAGCCUCUGAUAUCGAUGCUUCGCCGGCAGACGGAGAUCGGCUUCUCCUACUGGGAACAAAGCCCCAGCACCUCUCCCACCGACAUCGCUGAUUUUGGCAAGACUCCAUGGAAAGAUUCUGGCAAGGUAUAGUACCUCAUGUGGAUGUGGAUUUCUGUUUGGUACCAGAUGCUCCUCUUCAUGGCACACACCAUCCUAUGCAUGUAAUGUAGGAAUAAGUCUUGGCUGGUUGGUCUUGGUCUUGUGGUGCCUUUUUUCCUGUUUUUCAGCUUUCUAGGACAGCAUCUCUACUUUCAGUUUGGAUGCUCUAGGACAGUUAGGACAGCAGUUUGUUGAGAUGCUCUAGGACAGUUUGUUGGGAUGCUCUGCUCUAGGACAGUUUGUUGGGAUGCUGACAGCACCCUCUUAGACUAGCAUGGCUGCAUGGCUGCUACAAGCAGCUAUAAAUAUGUAUCCAAUCCUCUUUGGGAGGAUAUGGCUUUUGUGUUUAGUGAAUGAAGAAAACCAGAAAAUUGCCCCA